CCGUGGGAAAAUUUGUUCUUGUUUGGGACAUUUUUUUUCCCCAUUGUAAAUUUUUACCUCAGGGUUGCGACCCAGAACAUUCGAGAGACAGAGGCCGCGAUAUUGGCUGCAGAUCCUGACAGUGAGCGCGAGUUAUCCCUGAUGGAAAAUCUCCUGAUGACAGAAGGACUUACUAGGGAGGAUGUUAUCACCCUCAUCCUAGAUAUGUUAGUAGCAGGCAUCGACACGACCGCCCACACACUAGGGUUCACGCUGUACCUAUUGGCGCGGAACCCUCAAGUGCAGGCGAAGUUGCAGGAGGAGAUAGACACAGUCCUUGGAGAUCACGAGGGCCCGCUCCUCCCCAAGCACAUGGCACAAUUCUCAUACUUAAAGGCCGUGAUUAGAGAAGCCUUAAGGAUUUUUCCACCUGCUAUUGGUAUGGUAAGGAUCCUGGACCAAGACGCUGUUCUGGGAGGAUAUGUCAUUCCAAAGGGGUAA